GUCCUGCCAUGGAUACCACCGAGAGCGCCGAGAGCGCGCACAACCCAGCACGUCCGCCCUCGCGCAGCCGCUGCCCGCCGUCCGCGCAGCCCGGGUACCUAUCAGCCGGGAUCCAUCCCCGCGCAUUCUCCACCCUCGCCCCGUGCCCGCCGCCCACUGAGCCCGAGGACCGCCUGGCCCCGGCUCGUCCCUGUUCGCCCUCUACUUCAGCCCUCGCCUUUUACCCGCCGCUCUUGCCUUUGCCCGGGCCCGGUGCCCUUACUAAGUCCGAGUUGAGUCCGGUGGCUGGGCUCACGUUCUUUGUGCGCGACUUGCGCUUGCCAUCCUGCAGGUCCGAGGGCUUCUGGAGACCGUGGGUUCGAACUCCUGGAGAGAAAGAGAAGCGGACGGGGCCCCGUGCUGCAGAGGCGUUGCCCAGUGGCCCAGGAAUGGCAGAAGCUUCCGGGAAGCUUUUGCAAUACCAACACCCUGUCAGGCUAUUCUGGCCCAAGUCCAAGUGUUACGACUACUUAUAUCAAGAAGCAGAAACUCUUCUGAAAAAUUUCCCAAUUCAAGCUACAAUUUCGUUUUAUGAAGAUUCUGAUAGUGAAGAUGAAAUAGAGGGGCUGGCCUGUGAAAAUCAAUCUAAUUAGUUACUUCUGUUGACAAUUUGAAUUUUGUAUAUAAAUGUACCAUAAACUUUUAAAACUAAUUUAUUUGUAUAUACAUUAUUAAUAAAACAUUUUGUAAUAAUUACAGUAUUUGGAAUCCUCUUUGUCCCUACACUAGAAUUAAAUGUUGGGAUUUUAAGAUAGACAUCAUGUACAAAUGUCCUGAUUGUGUUAUAAAUAUUUGUGAUUCACAAAGAAUACUUCUGGUUUUUUUUUUAUUAAAUCACAAAUUUAUCUUUAGUUAUAAUUUUUCAAGGAACUAUUUGGUUUUUUUAAAAGACCGGCUCUUGUAAUGUCUGGUGUUUUCUGCUGAUCUCAAUUGGAUGUUUAGUUACAGAUGAUAUAAUCUUGGCAGUUAGUGAGGAAAACUGGGUGCUGCUACUAUUCUCACGGAUAUUAGUAUUUGUUUGCUUGCUCAUAGGGAAAUGCUUUAAGUAAUUAUAGUUGAGAAAGAAAAACAAUCUUGGGUCACUUAAAUCUUAAGGACUGUAAUUAAGUAUGGAGUAGUGUGACUCUCACUCUGAUAUUCUCCUGUUGUCUUUAAUCUGGUGUUCAGUACUUUCUGUAUAUGUUGAAGGAUUCCUAUAAUUAAAAAAAAAAGGUUUAAAUUUGAA